AUGGCCUCACCUGUCCCCCCGAACCCGAACAGUCCGUCGACAACUCCGAAUCAGAAGACGUUGAAUGUAUGGAAUAAGCCAAUCGACGAGAACGACGCCGAGAACCAUGCUGGUCCCGUCACAUUCACCGACGCAGUCGAGACAGUCAAGAUAGGCGAGCUGUCAGAAGUUGCAAAAUACCCUUGCGUGCGGAAUGCACUGCUUCAAGGCAUCGGGGCUGGUUUUGGCGCGGGUGGACUGCGGUUCGUCGCUGGAGCGAGUAUGGCCUCGUAUGAAUGGUGUCAGUACGGUCGACGAUGCGAGCGGCGCGAGAUGAAGCGGAAUAUCGAGAUCGUUACAGAAGGCCGGAAAGACCAGGCGAGGAAGAAGAUGGAGCAGCAAAGGGAGGAGGCGGAGGCGCGGAAGUUGCAAGAAGCACAGAAACCGUGGUAUUCGCGAUUCUGGUAG